GGAGCUGCACUUGCUUCACUUCUUGCUGGUUGGAUCAGCAACAAGUUAUCGCAUACAAGACCCCCCAUUAUGGCCGGUCAGAUAAUCGCAAUAGUCUCAACUUUACUUUAUGCCAAUUUGGAAUUGAUUCCUUACAACCGCCGCUAUGGGUGCUAUACAAACAUGGAGAGUUCAUGUAGCUAUGUCCAGCACGGAUCAUGACCGUUCUAAAGCAAACUCGAUAAUUGGCUUUUCAUUAAAUAUUGGAUUUAUUCUUGGACCUUUGACAGUAAUGCUUUUUACCCGCCUGCUCUCAACUUCGAUUAUACUUCCUUGGGGUGUACAAUUGAGUAUAUACACUGCUCCCAUGUAUUUUAUGGCCUUUAUGUCAAUUAUUGGAUUAAUUCUGAUAAUUAUUGGUUUUGAUGGCAAAAUGGAUAAGCCACACAAACCACACGGAGACGAGGAUAAUGGAGUAUCUAAUAAUUGUGAUCAGAAAUGGGCGAUCAAAAGCAAAGUUCAGCUUGGUACUUCGCCUAUAGAUGCCGAAAAGGCGCAUUUGGAGAUUGUUCCUUCGAGUGACGACACUCCCAAAGUUGAAAAACCAAAAGCUUUUCAAUUUGAUUGGGUUGCUAUACUUGCUUGUAUUGUUGCACGCCUUUGUAUUUGUUUUCUGAUUUUAUACCUUACGGCAUUGGCUGUGCCCUACUCAAUGACUACUUUUGGAUGGAGUGGAGAACAAAUGUUCUGGUUUUUAUUCUGA